CCCUCAUCUAUAAGACUAAACUUAACAUAUACAAACAAAGAAAACACACUAAACAUUACGUAACAGAUGAUACAUAAUUAGAUAUUAUACCUAUCCGAACUAUUGACCGUUGACCAGUUCUAAUUGAUUCUUAGCUUUUUGCCAUAUUGAGCCAAUACACACAGCACACUUUCACCCAAUUUCUAUUUUUUUUUACCUUUUUUGUUUAUUUCGGAAAAUGAUUUUAUUAGUUGUUAUUGUUAUCCAUUCAACUUAUUACUCUAUUAAAAUCCUUAAGCUAAGCAACCAAUCUUCUUCCUCUUUAAAAAGAGAUUUUGAACCCUUUGAAAACCAAAAAAACAAGCACCAGUAUCAAUAUCGAUAUCGCAAACCCAAACACGAAAAAAUAAACUUGGUUAUUAUCAAGAAACAAGAAACAAGAAACAAGAAACAAGAUGGAGGAAGCAGGGCGUAAAGGAGAUCCGUUUCCGGGUUUUGAGAUGAGUGUUCACAACGACGACUGCGUUUUCCGGCGAUCUCUAAGCUGCCGGCUGCAGCGACGAGCUCCCUGUCCUCUCUUAUUACCACCAAGACCUCCUCCUUCUAAGGAAGCUCCUCCUUCUACGACUGGCGCCUCCACGUCUGCGUUAUGUCAAAACAGCACAGAUCCGAUCCCUCUAUUGUCCCCACUCGUCCCUCCUUCAAUGCUUCAACCUAACCCAACCGCCAGCUCUCGCUGACUCUUUCUCUUUCCAAUCUCUUAGGCUUUGUUUUCUUCUUGCAAUGACAGUGUUCUCCAUGUCAACUCAUUAACCAUCUAGAUUCAAAUACUGUCAUCAUUGUCUCUAUUCAGAUUCACAUUUUCACAAAGGUGCCGAGGAUCUCGUCAUUUCCUCUCUCGACCUUUUGGUUUUGUUAACAUCAUUUAUUAAUAUAUAUAAUGUACACGUACUAAUAUGUUAUAAUAUUUUCUUAUUGAGCAUCAA